GAGAGAGAGAGAUACAGAGAUACAGACUGUCCGUACUGAACUUUCCCUACAGUAGAACUUUGUGCGCGCUCACAGCCGGUGACACCGCGCGCACUUCACCAUGAAGUCUCCGCUUGUUUUCGCGCUGUUUCCGCUGCUCUUCAUCCUCAGUUCCGCUCAGCACAGAGGUCUGUUUCCUGCUGUGUUGAAUCUGGCCUCCAUGGCUAAGAUCAGUGCGAAUGCUACGUGUGGAGAGAACAGACCUGAGAUGUUCUGUAAGCUGGUGGAACACGUCCCAGGACAACCGGUCCGAAACCCACAGUGCCGAGUGUGUAACCUGAGGAGUGAGAAAAUCUACGAGCGACACCCGAUCGCGUUCGCCAUCGACGGCACCCAAAGCUGGUGGCAGAGUCCCAGCAUAAAGAACGGCAUGGACUAUCAUUAUGUCACAAUCACACUGGACUUACAGCAGGUGUUCCAGAUAGCAUACAUCAUCCUGAAGGCUGCAAACUCUCCACGGCCCGGGAACUGGGUCCUGGAACGAUCUCUGGAUGGAGAAAACUUCAUGCCGUGGCAGUAUUAUGCCAUCACAGAUACUGAAUGCAUCACACGCUUCAACAUCGUCCCCAGAACCGGACCACCAGCAUACAGACAUGAUGAUGAGGUCAUCUGUACCUCAUUUUACUCUAAAAUCCACCCGCUGGAGAACGGAGAGGUGAGGCAGUUUGAACACUUCGUGAGUGUUCAUUUGGCUGACAAAUCCAAGACUCUGGUCUUCAACACAGAUACAAGGGAUGUGAUACAAACACCAAAACAAACACACCAACAUUCUGCAUCAAACACAAACCUUCACAAACACCAAUGUUCUCCAUCCAACACUAAUAUUCACUAUCAAACAUCAUCAAACACCAUCAAACAUCAUCAAACACCAUCAAACACAACAUAUACCAUCAAACAUCAUCAAACACCAUCAAAC